AUGGAAAAUAUGGAACUCAUGAGUAAUCGUCCUAAUGUUUUAAUGUUUCCAUGGUUAGCUCAUGGCCAUGUAAGUUACUUUCUUGAACUAGCCAAAAAGCUUUGUCAAAGGAACUUUGAUAUAUGCAUUUGUUCCACACCUAUGAUUCUAUCUUUAAUAAAAGAAUCCCAUGGCAAAAAUAAUAACCUACCAAGUAUCAAACUAAUUGAACUCAAUCUACCAUCGAACAUCCCAGAAUUUCCUCCAGAAUAUCACACGACAAAAGUUCUACCGCGACAUCUCGUUCCUAAGCUCGUCGAGGCCUUCAACAUGGCUGCUACAAGUUUUUACGACAUAAUCAAGAUUCAUAAUCCUGAUUUGCUCAUAUAUGAUCAUUUUCAGCUAUGGGCACCGGAAAUAGCCUCGUUGUAUAACAUUCCUUCGGUUCAUUUUUGUGUCAUUGGCGCUGUGACAAUGUCUUUCGCCUCUCACCACGUUCUGUUUAAGGAUAAGAGUUUCCCCCAUCCUGCAAUUUAUCUAAGGGAUUUUGAGAAAAAGAAGCAGAGGAUCGCAAUGCAAUCAUCAAUUAAGCUCGUGGAUAAAGAGUUCCCUUGUGGAAGCAUGAAGCGAUCUUGCGACAUUGUUUUGAUCAACAGCUGCAGGGAGAUAGAGGGAAAGUACAUUGACUAUCUUAUUUAA